AUGUUUUCUUCUGAGUUUUUAAAAGCUUUGCUCACUUUAGAAAAAAGCGUUGUGCGUGAUCAAAUAGCCCGCCUGACUCACGAUCAACGAGCAAUGAUUCGUUCUUCGCACGCUUGCAUGGAAAGAGAAUCAACAAAAAAUGGUCUCGGUCUAUUUGUGAGGUUAUUCUCUGAGUAUCCUCAGUACAAAAGCAUAUGGCCGCAAUUUCGAGAGAUACCGGACAGUGCCCUCAUAUCUUCGGACAAACUACGAAAUCAUGGCGUUGUUUAUAUGGCGGGUUUAAAGCAAGUCGUUGCUGAAUUGGACGAUGAUGAUAAGCUGAUCGAAAUAGCGAAACGAAUAGCUGGAAGCCACUGCAAGUGGAACAUCUGUAAAUUUCACAUUGAGAACAUGGUUCCCAGUCUUUUGGAAGUGUUGAAUUUGUGCAUGGGCAGUGAGAUGACUUCAGAGAUAGCAGAUUCGUGGACUACACUUUACGACAUCAUUGGAAAUAUCAUCAGCAUUGAGAAGACUAAAGACAUAUUAGUACUUUCCCCAUUUUAA